AUGGGCGCAACCCCAAAUGCUCCAUAUAUUGGUGCAAUAGAAUCUGAAAAAAUGUAUAAAUGUUUCAGUCAAGCAUUGAAUAUCAAAGACUACCCUAACUUUAGAUUUUGGCAGGUUAUCUCAUUCAACAACAAAGAUGGUAGUUUUACAAGAAAUAAUGGCCCUUUCAAAGGGACACUAUCUCCAUUGUAUUAUUAUAAUGAUACUUCAAAUGUCACACCAUCAAAUAAUAUUCUAUAUAAUAUUUAUGGUGAGACGAUUUCAUCCAACAUUGAAAAUGUUAACUAUUACACACCAUUGAUUACAUUUAAUAUAACUGACGAACCGAUCAUUGACAAUAUUACUCGUAUUAUACCUGGAAAAGCAUCACAGGCUACGAUCAAUGGUAAUCAUUUUGGAAAAGAUAGUUCAUAUGUUUUGAUAAGCAUUCAAUCAAAACAAUGCAAGUCACCAAGUUUCAUUGGAGAAAACUAUCAACAAAUUACUUCCUCAUUGGAUAGUGUUGAACCUUAUUCAACCGAUCUAAAUUAUACUGUUAAAAUUGGAGUUGGUGAAAUGCUUACAACCAAAGUUGUAUCUCUUGCGAAAGAGUGUCUUAACAAUUGCUCGGCACAUGGAAUUUGCAAUGCCACGUUUGGGACAUGCAAAUGUAACAGUGGUCAUGAACCCCUAUUGGAUUGCUCAGCAUUGGUUAAUCGCAGUCAAUUACUAAACACAACCGUUUGGGAUAACGGAGUGUCGCUUCUAUCCACCGAUCAAACUAUUACUGGUAUUGUUGUCAAUUUUACGACUGGAAUUCAAUUCAUUCGUGAAAUCAAUCAUGACCAAUCAAUAAUUAAAACAAUAUCAAUGGAUAAUCUCGUGUGGACGCAAGGGGAGGAGAAGACAUCUGCCAGUGAAUCGGUAUUUAAUGCAAGAAUGUUCAAUCAACGCACACUAUUACAAGUCACAGUUGGUCAAUACCAAGACACCAACACCACUUCAUUUCUUGGAGAGGAUAUUCAAGUAUCACCAAAUUCAGUCAAAUAUCGAAUCAAAAUCAUUAAUUGGGUAUGGUCAUCACCAAUCAACACAUUGCAGGUGAUAUUCCAUACACAAUCAGAUUCAGUAGAAUUUGACAAGUGUGGUAAGCUAAAAGUUAGAAGGGAUAUAUCUCGUGGUGAUCAGAUUAUAUGGACCAGAGUUCAAGUUGGACGACCACUUUUAAACUGUAAAAUUGCAAGUAGAAUGGUUAUAGACAACUCGACAAUCAUUCCAUCCAAAGUAACACUUCUCACAAACGAUGAUCCAGUCUCUCAACAAAUUUGGAAAAGUUGA